CCUAUAAUGAUUACAACACCAGAAAAGUGGGACGGUAUCACAAGAAGCUGGGCUACGCGUGAAUAUGUUCGCCAGGUACAUCUUAUCAUUAUCGACGAGAUCCAUCUUUUGGGGGUGGACCGAGGAGCUGUUCUGGAAGCUAUCAUAACAAGGCUCAAACUCCUCACAAGACGAUCAUGCGUACGAGAGUCACCCGCCCGGUUGUUGGGUCUUUCCACUGCCUUGGCUAACGCUGGAGAUGUUGCCGAGUGGCUUGGAAUUCAUGAUGAUGGUCUUUUCAACUUCCGACCAUCGGUUCGGCCUGUUCCAGUUGAUGUACAUAUCCAAGGAUUUCCUGGACAGCAUUACUGCCCACGAAUGGCGUUAAUGAAUAAACCAGCCUUCAAAGCCAUCAUCUCAUACUCGCCACUGAAACCAGUCCUUGUAUUCGUUGCCUCCCGAAGACAAACGCGACUUACUGCUAUGGCGUUUAUAAGCCAUUUGGUGGCAGAAAGCGAUCCAAGGCAAUGGCUUCACAUCGAUAUGGCUGAGCUGGAGGUUUUGCUGCAGUCGGUAAAAGAUGAAAAUCUGAAGCUAACACUUCCAUUUGGUAUCGGUAUGCAUCAUGCUGGUUUAAGUCCACAUGAAAGAGCGAUAGUUGAGCAGGUGGUUGUUUGUCGAAAAGAAGAUCCAAGUUCUAAUCGCAACAGCUACCCUUGCUUGGGGAAUCAACAUGCCAGCUCACUUAGUAAUUAUUAA